AUGCGUUGCUUCUUGUUGCUGAUUUUAUGCAUCUGUAAAGCGAAAACUCAAAUAGCGCCGAUUUCUUCAUUAUUAUCUGGUACUCUUAAUGGACUAAACGCAGCAGCCGGAGGCGGUAAUGGCCUAGGCCAAUUACUUGGCAAUAUUGGAAAUCUGUAUCAACUUGCUCAAACAGCUUUGCAACUUACCGGUACUGGUGUUGGCAUCUUAAAUCAAGCAUCAGAAGGACGAUGGUUCGAAGCUCUUCUGGAAAGAACUGCUAGUAAUCCAUUCUUGAAUCCAUUCCAAUAUCCACCUCAAAUUGCAGGACCAAAUCUAAAUGUCCCGCAUGGAGGAAGCUUAUUAAGAAAUCGCCCAGAUAUCGAUAGUCUUGGAAUAGAAGCAAAUUUAUUAGGAACUGAAUUUCCUCCGCCAAAACCUGAAGAUUAUGAUGAAGAAAGUUCUAGUACGAUCGUCGAAAAUUUAAUUGAAUUCACCACUGAACAAAGUAGAACUAAAAAAAAGGGUGUAACACUUUUCCCUGAAGAGAAAAUUGAGAAAAAAAAUAAGAAAAAUGGAGAAAAAGAAUUUAUAAAAAGAAAUAAAAAUCUUUCAUCUGCCGAAGAUUAUGAUGAAAUAAUUAAGGAAAUUGAUGAAAAAGAAUCCUUUAAUAUCGAUGGGAAUAAUGAGAUUAUCGGAAAAGAUGAAUUUAUACCAACGAAAAGCAAGUUUAAUGAAGAAGAAAAAGCCAAAUUGGAAAUAUUGGAUCGCCACCUUGCAAAACUAUCAAAACUUAUUGAGAUAUUAGAAGAAAAAAAUUUAACUAAUGAAAAACUGAAUCGUAUUGCUUUGAGUAUAAAAAAUGAAGAUGGAACAUAUCGAAAUUCGCGAGUUCCAGAAAAAACGUUCGCAGCGAAACCAACCGUUCUCAGAUUAAAUGCGAUCCGUUUGCCAAUUUCUGGAAUCAGAAAUCUCGACUCUCAGUCAAACACCGUAAAAAUUAUCCCAGUUGAUCCAGCUGAGAACAUGAUUAUUGCUCGUCAUACAAAGCCGAAUCGACCGGAAGGAAAUCAUGCGAUUCGGACACUACAUAGUGGUCGACAAUCUACAACUGUCAAUUUUUUUCGACGAAAAUAUCCACGACGAACAGUUCCAACAAGAAAUAUACCUUUUCGUAAUACGACACCAUUUUAUCACAAUAUCAAUCAAAGGCCACAAAGAAGAUCACUUUCGAGAACUAAUAUUGCAAAUGUUAGUCAAGAAAAGAUUACUGUAUCUUUUAAAGAUAAAAAUUUGGCCAAUUCAGCAAUUUGA